GCCUCAUUCCAACGUGGUACAAAUUUACAACUAUAAAAGACACUUGUGAGAGUCUGUUCUUGGUGAAAACUAGCUACAACACAAGUGAGGGAGUUUUACAACAUUUCAAGUUGAAUUUGUAGCAGCAGAAUGGGUCGUGAGGUUGAUUUGGAGUUGAGCACAAGUACUGAUACGACUCCGAAAGUUGUAUCAACAGGUCCAACGCCCGGGGGCUCAGCGCCUAGGACUCCAAAACUAAAGGUGCCAGCACCGAUAUCGAUACCUUCGCCUUACAUAGUCUCUGCACCAGCUUCACAGGCACAGACUCCCCGGACCAGGGCAGCUAGAACUCCAGGAUGGUCGAGGAAUAUGACGCCAAGGUUCUUGACUCCUUUAGGGAGUCCGAUAAGGAAGGCCUUAAAUUUCGUGAAACUUGAUCCUCAAGACGCUUGGCUGCCUAUUACUGAGUCCAGAAAUGGUAAUGCUUAUUAUGCAGCUUUUCAUACUCUGUGCUCUGGUAUCGGAUUUCAAGCCCUUGUGCUCCCUGUCGCGUUCACCGUUCUUGGUUGGACAUGGGGGAUCAUACUAUUGACAUUAACAUUCACAUGGCAACUCUACACCCUGUACUUGAUGGUACAACUACACGAAGACUUUGACAAAGAAAUACGCUACAGCAGAUAUAUGCAACUGGCAAAUGCAGCUUUUGGUGAGAAGCUAAGCAAAGUACUAGCCUUAUUUCCAAUAGGCUACUUAUCAAUGGGGACAUGUAUGGCUCUAAUUAUCAUCGGAGGAUCUUCAACUAAGAGAUUCUAUGAAAUUGUAUGCAAUCCCAUGACAUGCAGCUCGUCGCAAUUAUCAACUACAGAGUGGUACUUGGUUUUCACAAGUGCUGCAGUCCUGCUUUCUCAGCUUCCUAACCUGAACUCUAUUGCUGGUAUCUCUCUCAUCGGUGCAAUCACUGCCGUUGGGUAUUGUACAAUGAUUUGGAUUUCCUCAGUUGCUGAGGGCAGAAUUCAUGGUGUCUCCUACAACCCUGAGCUCACCGGCUCUGAGAUGCAGAAAAUUUUGGACAUCCUCAAUGCAGUUGGGAUUAUUGCUUUCGCUUUCAGGGGUCAUAAUCUUGUUCUUGAAAUUCAGGCCACCAUGCCCUCAAGUGAGAAGCAUCCUUCGCGAGUACCAAUGUGGAAGGGAGUUAGGGUUUCAUACACAAUCAUACUAAUGUGUUUAUUCCCUCUAGCCAUAGGCGGCUAUUGGACAUAUGGCCAAUUGAUUCCUCCCAACGGUGGGAUCCUAACAGCUUUAUUCGUGUUCCAUGGCCAAGAUACUGCAAAAGGCUUAUUGGGGCUGAUAAAUUUCAUAGUGGUAAUUAAUGGAAUAAGCACAUUCCAAAUAUAUGCAAUGCCGAUGUUUGAUGAUAUGGAAUCAACAUACACAACAAGGUCCAAGAAACCUUGUCCUUGGUGGCUCCGGGUCCUUCUCAGGUCAUUGUUUGGAUACUUCUGUUUCUUUGUAGCUGUGGCACUGCCAUUUCUGGGAAGCUUUGCUGGUCUAAUUGGAGGAAUAUCAUUACCGGUGACACUGGCUUAUCCAUGUUUUAUGUGGCUGAUAAUUAAGAAACCAAAGAUUUAUUCCCCUGUUUGGUGGCUAAAUUGGGUUUUGGGAGUUGUUGGAAUGUGUCUAAGCGUUUUAUUGAUUGCUGCCGGGGUUUAUGUAGUGAUUCACACUGGCGUCGAAGCUAGUUUCUUUAAACCUCAGUAAGUACUGGUUAUAGUACAGUUAGCUCCUGUAACAUAUGAAGGAAGAUACUUCAUAAUGUUGUCUUUGUAAGUUUGAUCUUUUCUAUUUGUUAGAAGUUUUUCUUCAGAGUGUUUUCAAAGUGUACUAUCUCUUAUAACAUAUCUUGUUAUGUUAAUCUUUAGUGUAUUGUAUCUGUGCA